GAAUAUACUGUACAGAGGGAUGUGCAUUGACCCGUUCCACGUGCCCAAGAAGCUAUGCAGGAACCAGAGCUACGAAGCUGUGCACCAACGACGAGGAAGGAACUCGUCCGAGUCCUUUGUUCUGGUGCUCUACACCGGUGGCACCAUAGGCAUGAUCAAGAACGACCAAGGAGUUCUUGCGCCUGCUCCGAAACAACUGGAGCAACACAUCCGUUCAUAUCCGCACCUCCAUGACGUCAAAUAUGCUGACCAUUACCAUGCAUACCCUACUGCUGGUACUGGGACCAUGAGAACCAUCAGCAGUACCAAAAGAGACUCCACCAACAGUUCGAAUGAGGGGACUACCAUGUACCACUUGUAUGAUGGCUUUGUCGUUCUCCAUGGCACGGACACUAUGGCCUACACGGCAUCUGCACUGUCAUUCAUGCUGGAGAACCUGGGCAAAACUGUCAUCCUCACUGGUUCACAGGACCGGGUGGCUUUUAUGAUUUUGCUGAACUUUUACAAGGCUGAAUUUGUUGUUUCCCGGAGACCGGGUGUUUCGAACGUUUGUCAAGAUAUUAAGAAGAGGAAGCAUGCUUGUAGAAUGCAUUACAAGGACAUUUUCCGGCCGUCGUCCCUGGAGAAGUUCAUCAUCCACCCCAAGAUGAACAGCAACGUUGGGCUUUUGCGGUUGUUCCCCAGCAUCAGCCUUGCCACCAUUCGUUCCUUCCUGCAACCACCAAUAGAGGGCGUCGUGCUGCAGUCCUACGGAGCCGGGAACAUUCCUUCCAACCGCGCGGACAUUUUGCGAGAGAUCACAGAGGCGGUGAAGCAAAGAGGCGUGGUCAUCAUCAACAUCAGUCAAUGCCAGCAGGGCUCAGUGGAGUCUGCCUACGCCACUGGAAAGGCAAGUUUA